AUGAACUUAGCUGAAAAACAUACGGAUAAUGAGAACAUAGCAGAUGAAGUAACAUCGCGACAGGGGACGACAAGUCACCAAGAAGAAUGGGCCACUAAUGAAAACAUGGAAUCGGAUACGCAAAAUGAAAUUGCCACUGUAACUAGCACAGAAAUAGUUCAACUUGUUGACAGUUUUAUUCCGAUGUCAUCAGACGGACAUAUUGAAUCAGCUGAGCAAGCUAGUACUUUGUCAACAGAAAAACCACCACGAAAGAGACAAAAGAAGAGUCAGCCUCAAGAAUGGAACGCAAAUAAAAACAAGGAACAAAGAGAAAAAGGAAAGGCUUAUUUAGGAAAGAAGAAGAUAGAAAAUAAAUGGGGGUUUGUUGAACCUAAGCUCGAUAGAAAGAUGAAAGCUAGGUGCAAGUGCAAAUUAAGUUAA